UCCGCCCCGGAAAACUUCGGCUGUGGCGCUAAGACCCUGGAGACCAUGAGCACCUCCAAGCUUUAUACCCUCGUGCUGGUGGUACAGCCUCAGCGAGUUCUCCUGGGCAUGAAGAAGAGGGGCUUUGGUGCUGGCCGCUGGAAUGGCUUUGGGGGCAAGGUGCAGGAAGGAGAGACCAUUGAAGAUGGGGCUAAGAGGGAGCUUCUGGAAGAAAGUGGUCUGAGAGUGGACACACUGCACAAGGUAGGCCACAUCUCAUUUGAGUUUGUGGGCUCCCCUGAGCUGAUGGACGUGCAUAUCUUCUCUACUGACCACGUGCACGGGAUGCCCACAGAGAGUGAAGAAAUGCGCCCUCAGUGGUUCCAACUGGACCAGAUCCCCUUUGCCCACAUGUGGCCAGAUGACAGCUACUGGUUCCCUCUCCUGCUUCAGAAGAAGAAGUUCUGUGGACACUUCAAAUUCCACGAUCAGGACACCAUCCUGGAUUACUCGCUUCGUGAGGUGGAUGGAUUCUAAUACAGAGGUCUGGCUGGUUCUGACCACUCAGGUUGCUACACAGCCACAAGCUGUCAGUCCAAUGGCACAAGCAGGGGCUGGUAUUUUCUGUUGGCAAGGUGUUGGGGUUGAAAUGUGAAAUGCCACCAAUAGAGUUUGAAUUCGUCCUGUUUUAGAGGGCUGAUGGUGGAACUGAGUCCCUGAGGGACUAUAGGUGAGCACCACUUCCUGCUCUCUCCUGCUGCUGUGUCCUGUCUUCCAUGAUGGACUAUAUCCCCUCGAUGGAUGAGCCAAAAUAAACCGUGUCUCCCCUAA